AGAGCUGAUCGGUGAAACGAGAGGGUUGAGGAGUACCCAAGGCCGCGCGCGACGAGUUUCGGCCGCGAAAGAGGAUUCGCUCGCGCGCGUGAAUCGUACGAUCGGCGUGAUUGCCGCAUGAUGACCGCGGCUCGACGUUAACCGCCGGACGACCCUUGAACCCCGGGCGGACGAGCUUCAGUCGUGUUCGGCUCGUGUGCGGGACACGUGAAUCGCCCCGCGCGUAUUAUAUCGCGAAACGGUGUCGCGACUUGGUUUUCCAGCUCGCUCGGAGCAGCUCCCGGCGAGUCAGUGCAGCGCGUGCGAGUCGCCGCCGCCGCUGCCGCCGUCGUUGUCGUCGUCGUCGUCAUCCUCUUCAGUAUCCCUUCGACCGCGUAUACCCUCUUCAACGCGAUUCGCCGGCUCGCCUUUUCGAAUUUACAUGCCGCUCGCUAGGGGAAGAGGGAGGUACCAAGAGAAGUGGAGAACAUAAACUACGGGUAUGCUAGGCCGCCUUCUGGACUUCCUGUACGGUAAUACCGAGCGCGCGGAGCUAACGUCUUCUUCCUCCUCCGGUUCGGCGGAGGAAUCCAGUAAGGAGACUGUCCACCACCGUGUCGAUACCAAUUCUAUCCCGGGACUAUCGUCCGUACGCGCGUGCAGAGAGAUGUCGGAGGCGCCGGUGAGCUUUGUCGUCGGGGAGCCCGAGCACGAGCACGAGCACGAGCACGAGCACGAGCAUGAGCCCGAUCCUGUCGAUCCUAGCGAGGUGCAGGAGAUCGAGGAUAGCUUCCCGAGCGAGAGGGGCGGUAAUGGCAAUUUGCAGAUGCAUCAGCUCAAUCAUGCCGUGGGACUGGUCGAGCGCCGUAAGCGCCUCAGGUGAUUUUUGUUUCUUUUUUUUUCCUCACCUCCCCCCUCCCCCCCGUCCUGGUGAUCAGUAUAAACCCCCGUCAUUGGCGAGCGAAAGCAGAUCUGAUCCGAUUCAGAUAUUCCUCCCCCUCUCAUCUCCCUCUGCGGAUGAUGAUGGGAACUUUUGGCUAUCGCGCGCUCGAGGGGGGCGCAAAGUCCGUCGCGAACGAUUGUCGAGAGAACGAAGGAUGAGAGGCGGAAAACUGCGUCGCGCCGCUGUACCUGCGAGAGACCUUGCGAGUCCUUACGCGGGGUACUUGCGAGAGAGGGAACGUGACGGCGACGUGUAAUAAUGCAAUACACAUAUAUAUCUUCUCUUCGAUUCCCGUAACGUUAAAACUGCCCCGUAACCUU